AUGGCAGCUGAAGAAUUACAGAAACAGUUCCAAACCGAACUGGAUGCUUUUAAACAAUGUCAAAAAGAAAUUAAUCAAUUGGCUGGAAUGCGUCAACAAUUGGAUGGUCAACUAAAUGAAAACUCAAUUGUCAAAGAAGAGUUAGCUCUAUUAAAACCUUCAGGUGAAGUAUAUAAAAUGGUUGGUCCUAUAUUACUGCGUCAAGAUCACACAGAAGCUAAAGAAAAUAUCGACAAACGUAUGAGUUAUAUAAAAAAUGAGUUGCAAAGAAUUGAUGACCGGAUACACACGUUAGAGGGAAAACAAGACGAAUAUAGGGAGACACUUACUAAAUUACAACAACAGUUUCAAGCUCAACAAAUAAAAAAGUGA